AUGCCACACCCCCUCCUCCUCCUCCUCUUCCUCCCCCUCCUCACCACCGCCGCACCCCUCACCCCCCGCCAAUCCAGCCCCUCCUCCUGCGCCCCCAUCACCGUCAUCUUCGCGCGCGGCACCACCGAAACCGGCGACCUGGGCGCCGUCGUCGGGCCCCCGCUGCAGGCGGCCCUCGAAGCUAAACUCCCGGGAAAGGUCGCCGUGCAAGGGGUGCCCGCGCCCGCGUACCCGGCCGACGUCGCGGGCUACCUGGCGGGCGGGUCGGCGACGGGGGCGGCGAAGAUGGCGGAGAUGGCGAGGGAGGUGGUUGCGGGGUGCUCUGGGGAGGAGGUGAUGGUUGUGUUGGCGGGGUAUAGCCAGGGCGGGCAGCUCGUGCACAAGGCGGGUGCGCAGCUCGACGCCGCGACGGCGGCGCGCGUGGCCGGGGCCGUCAUCUUCGGCGAUCCGGACAACCCGCAGCCGGUGGAGAACGUGGAGAACUUGAAGGUGUUUUGCGCCGAGGGCGAUCUCAUUUGCGAGGGCCAGCCGGUGAUUCUGGCGCCGCAUCUGAGUUAUGGGGCGGAUGCGGGAGCGGCGGCGGAUUGGAUUGCGGGGGUUACUGGCAAUUGA